GUGUUUUGGAAUUAAUUUUACACAGAAUAAAUUAUGAUCUUUACCAGGAGCAUUAUCAGUAAUGGCUGAGUUGGUCAACAACUGUCUGUCUCUCCAGGCACUAGGUGAGUCUGUGAGGAGCUCACUGGGACCCUCCACUAGCAUCAAGGCCUACAUAGAUGAGAGCUCAGGUAAUGAUGGACUGCUCCUGAAUACACUGCAUAUGGUGGAGGCACUCACGUCAGCUGAGGGAGGCCAUUCGACCAAUCAGAUACUGUACGAGAGUUGCCAGGGACAACAGAAAGAGUGUGGGUGUGGAGUGACAACGUUGGUGUGUCUAAGUGGACUCUGGGCAGGGGGUGUGGUCAAACUAACACAAGAGCAGGGGGUCCCUUUGCCUGUGGUGCUGGCACUGUAUAACGAGGGACUCAGAUCAUGUGAUCCACUCUUUACCUCGUGUGCUGUUGCUAUGGAAACUGGGAGAUCACAUGAUCCAUUUCCGAGGCUAGGGAAGGUAAAAACAUUUAGUCGUCAUUUAUCCUCCACUCGUCCCACCAGUACAAGUCAAAAUCAAUUAAGGGCUGGUCUGGCUCACGGUAGGGACGAGGCUAUGAGGCUAGUAGCUGAUGCUAUAGAGUUAUUACCAGGGGGUGGUCUGGGUUCAAGCUCUGUCCUUACACAUUGUGUGGUUGGUAAGGGUCAAAGUUCAUCCAGAGUGGUGCGGGGUGUGCUAGUAGACGUCCAAUCAGAUAUGACCUCUACAAUAACAUCACAACAACUUUGUGUGGCUGUCAUUGAUGGUGAUUGCACUCCGACCUCUACGCACCCUGGACUAUCCAGGACACAGACAUCACAUGACCUACUGUACAAGCAUCAGACUCCAUCUGAUUGGCUGAUGCAAUGUGCUACUCUAUUGGAGAAGUACAAUGUUGGACUGGUUGUGGUUGGAGGUAUGAUGUCACCGUUGCUAUGGGAACACUGCCUAGCAACGAGGGUGGUGGUGUUGACGGGGGUACGGCAGGAACAGAGGGAAGCCAUAUCUCACAUGUCCGGGGCAGUGUCCACUUGUUAUCUGCAAUACACUAAGGAGGUUCACUUUGGCCGAGGUGUGUGGGCGGAGUUGGUGGAGGGUGGAUGGGUGUGGCCUCGCUACACGGGGACCAGUAGAAGACUUCCAAUCAAAACCUACUCUUGUCGAAUAACGUGCACACACUCAGCUGUUGUCACGGUGAUGCUAUGCGGCAGCACAGAGUCUACAGUGGAUCUGCUGAGUCAGCAAUUCUCCAAUUGUCUACAUCGUGUGAAGUGUGCCUUUAGUGACGGGUGUGUGCUACCCGGGGGCGGUGUGUUUGAAGCUGCCUGUGUACGUAGACUACGAGAGAGUGUUACCAACGGCAACCCUCCUCCGUGUGAUGAUAAUGGUUGGAUGUUUGACACUUGUCUACUCCGUCAUUGGAGGCCUGCUGUGUACACUGCUCUGGCUGAAGGGCUCAUGCAAUACAUUGUGUGUGUGCUGAGAAAUGUGGACUCUAGUUUGGAUGUGUAUAGUGGAAGAUGUGAGGCUGAACGGAUGGUGUGUGGGCGGUGUGACUGUGUGGGAGUGUGGGACGACCCUCAGAGCAAGAAGGGGGCGUGGUCAAGAGCGCUAUCACUACUAGCAACCGUCUGCUCAACUGAAAGAACACAAUCACGAUAAUUUAUCAACUAUUAUACUCAUGUUAUUUUCUUUGUUUUUAUCUUUCCCUUAUGUUGACAGUUCUCGUUUGUAAAUUGUUUUGAAAACUUAUAAUUCUUUGAACAAAUAAUAUCUGUUGAACAAGUAAGUGUUGUAUAGGAAAUUGCCACAAAACAUAUAAUAAUAAAAUACAGCAUGGACAGCAUGGUAGUGAACACAAGGUGGUGGGUUAGGAAGAAUAUACUGAACAGAUACACACACACACACACACACACA